AUGGCGUCUGUUUCGCCACCCAAGCCGUGGGAGAGAGCCGGCGCUGCUGCCGGCGCUGUUUCGUCGCCCGCAACCACAUCUUCCGCCAUGAGCCCAGCGCCGACGACUUCGGCUGCUACCCCGACCGCAGCCACCUCCACAACAAGCGCAACCACCGCCGCCCCCUCUUUACCCUCCCGACCUAGCACACUCAGCACCGUGGCGAACCAAAACGCCUCAAAUUAUUCCCCAUACGGAGCCUCUCGACUAGGAGCGUCUCCGUACGGAGGAAUGGGCGGUUACAGCAGUUACUCCUCCCCAUACUCUCGUUUCGGCGGGAUGGGGUCGAUGGGGUCGAUGGGUUCGAUGUACGGUGGCUACGGUGGCUAUGGAGGCAUGGGUGGUAUGGGAGGCAUGUAUGGUGGCAUGGGCGGUAUGGGAGGGAUGUACGGCGGCGGCAUGCCCGGUGAUCCCAAUGAUCCCAACAGUUUGACGAAUUCUUUCGGCCAAAGUACCCAGGCUACUUUCCAGAUGAUCGAGAGUAUUGUCGGGGCCUUUGGUGGAUUUGCACAGAUGCUUGAAAGCACAUAUAUGGCGACACAUAGCUCGUUUUUCGCCAUGGUUUCGGUCGCUGAGCAGUUUGGAAACUUGCGCAACACUCUCGGCUCCGCCUUAGGAAUUUUCACAAUAAUAAGAUGGUUUAGAACGUUGAUUGCGAAAAUCACCGGUCGUCCGCCACCUGCAGAUGCCACUGCUCUCACACCAGCUGCUUUUGCUGCAUUCAUGGGUGGCCGUUCAUCACUUCCAGAUGGCUCGCCAGCGCCACCUAAGCCAUCAAGGAAGCCAUUCCUGAUGUUCCUGGUUGCUCUUUUCGGCCUUCCAUAUCUGAUGGGCAAGCUGAUUAAGUCUCUUGCACGUUCGCAAGAGGAACAGCGCCAGAAGAUGAUGGUUGGCCCCAACGGCGAGCCCACGCAGGCGGCUCUAGACCCGGCUAAGCUCGACUUCUGCCGGGUGCUUUAUGACUACACUCCCGAGUCACAAGAGACCAAUGGCAUCGAUCUAGCGGUGAACAAGGGCGACAUUGUCGCCGUGCUCAGCAAGUCCGACCCGAUGGGCAAUGCAUCGGAAUGGUGGCGCUGCCGCGCCCGAGACGGCCGUGUCGGCUAUCUCCCGGGCCCGUAUCUGGAAACGAUCCAGCGCAAGCCGCAGCAGCAAGCAAUCACGUCAGGCAGUGAGGCUAGCAGCCGCAGCAACACGAUGCAGGCGCAUGUAACCGCGGAGACACCUGCCACGGAACAGAAGCCCGUGCUGAAGGGCAAGAUGGGCGACAUCCCGUCGGAGAGUUUCCAAAAGAGCGCAUUCUACUCAUAA